GUUUGGCCGUAUUGCAUCGCGCACGACUUGGAUCCUUGCGGCCCGUCGCCCACGACAGCAACGUAGAACUCCACAGAAAAAAAAAGGAAAAUAAUCCAGGCUUCAGAGUCUCCGCAGAUCGAGCUCUCCGUUGGUUGGCCAGGCGACGGCGCGGUUGAUGCGAAACAAGAAGCGGCCAGGCCAAUGAUAUGAUCCCAAGGCGCGCCCACGAGUUUUACUAAUACCCGGGUCGCGUCGCGUGCGGCGUCAUCCUCUUGCUAGGUCGUCGCCGCUCCGGGUCCGGAACUCCGGAUAAACCCGCUUUCCUUGCUGUUCUGGAUCCUUCUUCUCGCUUGUUUUUACGCGGGUUGCUUGCUCUGGUCGUCUGGUUCCCUGCCCUGACCGAGGAAGCAGAUUCAGGCCAGCUUGGUGAUCGCGUAGAAGAAGAGGAAGCAGAGGCUCCACGAUCUCUUGGCUGUUCUUGAUCAAGAAGGCGGAGGAACAGAGCGCAGGCAAGGGAAGGCAUGGACGAGGCAUACGGCGCGGCGGCUUCCAGGUACUUCUGCCACAUGUGCUCGCUGAUCAUACGGCCCGUGCUGGGCAUCGAGGAGGUCAAGUGCCCCCACUGCCACUCCGGCUUCGUGGAGGAGAUGGCCGUGGACUCGCUAGGAGGCGCCGGCGGCGCGGCGAUCCCAGGGCGUGCUGCCGGCGAGCCGAUCGUGGACGCCCCGGAAGCCGCGUUGGAGCGCGAGGUCUCGCUCUGGGCGCCCGUGCUCAUGGACUUCCUCGCCGCCUCGUCCGGCCGCCAGGGCCAGGACCACGGCCGCGGCCACGGCCUCGACGCCGGCGGCGGCGGCGGCGGAGGGGACCUCGCGGCUUUCGCGCGGCGGCAGUACCGCAACAUCGCCCUCCUGCAGCUGCUCAACGCGCUCCACGAAGCAGACACCGCCGACGCGGGGCGCGAGCGGGUCGUGCUCGUCAGCCCCGCGGACGCGCGCGCCAUGCUCCUGGGACAAGAGCGAGGGGACGGCGCCGCCGCCGCCGCCGCCCUGGGCCGCGGCGGGCUGACGCUCGGGGACCUGUUCCUCGGCCCCGGGCUGGACCUGCUGCUGGAGUACCUGGCCGAGACCGACCCGAGCCGACAGGGCACGCCGCCGGCCAGGAAGGAGGCCGUUGCCGCGCUGCCGACGGUCCGGGUGCGCGAGGCCUUCACCUGCCCCGUGUGCCUCGACGAGGUCGCGGCCGGCGGCGAGACGCGGGAGAUGCCGUGCAAGCACCGGUUCCACGACCCCUGCAUCGUGCCGUGGCUGGAGAUGCACAGCUCCUGCCCCGUGUGCAGGCACCAGCUGCCAGCGGAGGAGCCGGUUGACCCGGCCGGCAGCGGCCGGCGCGCUGGCGACGAGGCCGGUGGCAACGCGCGCGGCGGCGACGGGGGAAGCGGCGGCAGGAGGCACUGGUUCUCGUGGCCUUUUGGCGGGCUGUUCUCGCAAAGAUCAAACGGGAGCUCAUCGUCGUCGUCUUGAUGCAACGAACAGAAUAAAGAAAAUCUUAUAGAAGCUCGUUCUUGAUUUCUACUACGUGAUGAUUGGGUUAAUAUUGGCCAUUGUAAAGCUGCAUUUGUCCAUAGGUUUAUUUGCACUAGUUUUGUUCAGGUGGAUGGAGAUUAUUGGAGAAUGCAUCUAUCAACGCUGCCAGAGCAUCUAUGCAACCAAAAACUAAAAUUUCUGCUCGAAUAUUGCUUCCUGGUGUUGUCCA